AUGGCAUCGGAACCAACAUAUCGCUUUGAACUCGCCAAGACCGGCCGUGCCGGCUGCCAAAACUCAGCAUGCAAGAAAGAGGGGAUCAAGAUUGAAAAGGGCGAACUCAGGAUGGGGACGCUCGUGACUAUCAAGGAGCAUACAUCGUGGAUGUGGAAGCAUUGGGGAUGCAUCUCGCCUGCUCAAAUCAAGAAACUCCAAGAUCAGGUCGGCCCGCUUGACGAGCUGGAUGAUGAUCUCGAUGCCGACUUAGAUCGCAUCAUUGAUGGCUAUGACGAGAUUGAUGGCGAAUCGCGUGAGAAGAUCAAAUAUGCACUGAUCCACGGUCAUGUUCCCGACGAAGACUGGAAGGGUGAACCUGAAUUCAACCGUCCGGGAAUGAAAGGCAUCAACAAGCGCACUCCGAAAAAGAAGAAAGGUGAAGAUGACGAGGACGUUGCUGCAGAGAACGAGCACACCCCCUCCAAACCCAAGCCGAAAAGAGGUAAGAAAGCCAAGGUCGAAGCAGAGGACGAAGCGGACAUGCCAGAACCGCCAGCAGCCAAAAAGAAAGCCUCACGUCGCAAGGCCAAAGACGAAGAUGAAGACGCUGAGCCUGAAGAGCCGGCGCCACCAAAGAAAGCUGGAGGGAGGAAACGCAAAGCCGCCGUGAAGGAGGAAGAUAGUGAAGAAGAAGAAGAAGCACCUCAGAAAGCGCCGAAGAGAUCACGAGCCAAGAAGAACAAAACUGAGGAAAUGGAGGAAGAACCUAUGAAACCCGUCAAGCGUGACAGACGCCAAAAGAAAAAGGGAGCCAUCCAAAAUGCAGAUGAGGAUGACGAAGAUGUCGAUCCUGCCGCCUCAAAUCGCCAAGCUGCUGCCAAACCUGAACGAACCAAAACUGGUCGGAAACCAAAAGCUGCUAAGGGUGAAGAGCCUCCGGUCCCAGAUGAAGAUGCAGACGACGCUCCAAUCAAUGCUCGGGCUGGACCCGAGGCAGCUGACGAGACGGAAGAGGGAGACCAUGCAGGAAACACCCUCGAUGCAGUUCCAGAAGGGUACAUAGGAGCUCUCCGUCAAGAUGAUCUGGAUGAAGACAACGACGGUGAAGCCCAAGCCCAAGCCCAAGCGGAAGACGAAGACGAAGAUUACGCAGAAGAAAAGAAGGCAAAGGCGGCAAAAGGCGGUAAAGGAAAGGGCGCAAGAACCAAGAAAAAUACCAAGGGGCGAGCGAUAUGA